AUGAACAACAAGAGAAAUAGAGAAGCUGCAAAUGCACCUUCGGAGGAGGAAUGGAAUGCUCACAGAGAUUUGUUCAGAGAGUAUUAUGCCAGAGAAUCAUUUUUAAAUCAAAGCAGACCGUUGGGAAAGAAAAUCAAAAACAUCUCAAACUUGCUUGAAUAUAUGGAGAAGGAGCACAACUUCAUCGCCACUAAGAACCAGUAUGAGAGAAGAUUCAAGCAUUGGGGUUUUAGGAAAAACCUGGUGAAUGAUGAGAUGAAAAUAGUUCUUUCCAAACGGAACUUUCGACAUCAACACAACAAAGACAGCCAUAUCGCCCUGAAUGGUAGUAUUUUGUCGAACGAAAGGUUGAUCAAGGCAGAAAGCAGAUUCACCUUAUCCGAAAUCAAAAAAAUCAAAUCUUCAUAUUUUAGACGACCAACACCUGAAGGAGUCUCAAUUUACACGCCCCCUCCAAUUGCUGGGAAGCACAUCCCCAUCAUGACUGACAUCAUCAACCUUCCGGGCUUCAAAGUGAUGGAUAUGUUCUGUUCUGAAUCGUUUUCUCUAGCGGCACACCUCCUAAAAUCUGCCAACGGUCAAUCAUUGGCUCCCUGGACCCAUGAUCCUCGAUAUGUUGAUGCACCAUCAGACUUCGUUACAUCAUCGUCUCUCAUUGACAAUAGUGACUCCAUAAAUUCAUUGUUUUCUGAUGAUUGGGCACCUUGGGACGAGUCGGCAAGCAACGCCCUCACCAGUAUUUCAACGCAAGUUCCAAUUCCGUAUACUGGUAAGAUGUCGCUCAAUAUGAUCAUGGGCUUGACUGAACACUCCGUCGGUUGCAAUAAUCUUGACCAUGACCUUGCUUGCCGGAUAAUCGAACCUUACAUGUUAUCAAGGCACUCGGGAGAAGUUGAGAAAUGGCUUGGGACGCUCCUCGGACCUUCGGACACAGAAUCCUUCAAUCAUCUUGUUGGAUUUGCUGUCUACUUUUGUUCUAAUGGCAUGCUUAAGUAUGACUCAAGCGGACUCAAACAACGACUUGGCGAAUGGAUCAUUAAUGAAGCUUUAAGUUCCCAGCGGAACCCUUUUUCAGCAAAGGCGCUUUCAAUGCAAGCUUGCCUAGAUGAUUUGCUUCAAGGCCCAUGGUGCACCGAAAAUACCUUACAAUCUCUCGUUGAUGUCUACGAAUUGCGUUCUAUGAGCAGCAGACGUCAGCGACAAAUAAUGUUGACAGCGGUCAGACUUGGCGCUGUCAGGGUCGUUGAGUCCUUUUUGGAUAAUGGCAUGGAUCCAAAUUUUCCCAUAUCAGACGGACAUACGCCCUGCACAUUUCUUAGUGCUGCUACAAACAUACAGAUUGUUAAGAUGCUUCUGAAAGCCGGGGCAGAUGUCAAUGCGCAAUAUGGCGUUCUUUCAAGCACUACCGCUGUACGUGAAGCAGUCGGCAGAGGAAACCUUGAGUUAGCACAAAUUCUCCUUGAUGAAGGGGCCUGUUUUGAUCCUAACUUGAGAGCGAGGGACAUAACAAGAGUGGGGCGCGAAAUGUCGUUCCUUUUUCUUGCUGUAGAAAGAAACAACGUUGGAAUGGUCAGAUUUCUACUUCGGCGUGGGGCAAUCCUCACUAACCAUGAAAUCGGUUGUGUCAUUUCUGACGGUAGAUGCUCAAUGGACAUUAUGGAGUAUUGUUAUUCUGCGGACUUUAAUCCAUCAGAGCUACAAUACGCCGCACGGAAUGGUUUAACAGAGAUUGUGUCUGCCAUAACCGAGACUGCUACCGGAAAACUAGCUUUGCAGACAGGCAUUUGCAGAUGGGCUCCACUUAGAGAUGCUGCUAAGGCGGGCCACGUUGAUAUCGUCCAGCUCUUGAUUGCGGCAGGUGCGGAUGUCAAUGCUAGCUUCUCGCUGUCUGAGAUAGCUGACAAGGACGUGUUGAACCACGUGUGGAAAAGUCGUAUAGGCGCUCCGCCUGCGGUUGCGGGGUUUUCUUGCUUUCCUUCCACAGCCCUAGCUGCCGCUAUCGAGGGUGACCAUAUCGAGAUCGUUCGAAUUUUACUUUCAAAAUCUGUCCUCAUUAACGCACCCGUUAUUUCGGAGUAUGGGACAAAUGCGCUAGAAAUAGCCACUCGUCUGGGUAGCAGCGAGAUCUGCCUCCUGCUCAGGGACAAUGGAGCAUGCUCUUGCCCAGCAAGAUUGAGUCGAAGCCAUUAUAUCUUCGAGAUUGCCCUUGCACUUAUAAGAGGCGAUAGUAAAAAGGUGAAGAGAUUGCUCUUUGAAGGAGUUGAUCUUCCACAUAUCCUCGACUUCUUUCCCGACUUGGAGAACGAAGUUUACUUUGGCUACCGAGAACAUGGUAAUAACGCACGAAUGUCUUGCCUUGCCAGAUCCGUACUCCGUAUAUUCUUAGAGCUUUCAGGGGAGAACAUCAAUCAAAGAGGUCCAGUUUGCAAUCAUUCUGCCCUAGAAAUCGCGCUGGCAUAUAAUCAGGUCGAAUUAGCGAAGCAAUUAAUAUCUCAAGGCUGCGAAGUCAACAUGAGGCACUGCGAUUAUAAUUCACCAACAGCUCUUCAAAUCGCUGUUAUCAAAGGACAAUUUGACAUGGCUCAAUUGUUGCUGAAUCGUGGCGCAAACAUUAAUACUGGUGACGGUUCUGAGUUUGGCACGGCUCUUCUACUAGCUGUGAAGGGGGACCAAUGGAGUAGAGAAGAGCAUGAAACUACUGCUCUAAUUCGGCUUUUGCUGGCUAGAGGAGCGAACGUGAACGCCCGUAACUGCUAUAUUACAGUCUUGGAAAGUGCUAUCUGUGAAGGGAAAAGCUUGGAAGUAAUUCAGCUUCUGGUCGAAAAGGGGACAGACAUCAAUACACCUGCUGCAGGGGGUGUGUUUGGAACAGCCCUUCAGUGGGCAACGUCCCGCCAACAUCCCAAUCUAGCAGUCAUCAACUAUCUGUUGAAGAAUGGAGCAGACGUAAAUGCCACGUCCACUGAUUUGCCUUGGUGUACAGCAAUACAAGGUGCAGCAUUUAGAGGAUACCUUAACAUAACCCAUCUUCUUCUUGAACAUGGUGCAGAUCCUAACGCUGCGGCCUCAGCAAACUUUGGACGUACAGCUCUUGAAGGUGCUGCUGAAAAUGGUCGACUUGACAUGGUCCAACUUCUGUUGAACGCCGGUGCGCAGCCUUCGAAAAGUGCUGUAAAACUCGCUGAGAUAGGAAAUUUUUGGGUCAUUGCAGAUAUGAUUAAGAAAGAAAUGACGGCAAAGGCAAAUGAAGGAGUAUAG